UCUCUCUCUCUCUCUCUCUCACACACACACACCCACAGUCCAAACCCCCAGAAAAGCCCUGCUGAAUCCUCACACCGUCUGUCAGCAUGGGGAGCGCUUGUUUUUCCCGGGACGUUUGUUUGUUUAUCCUCCUCAUAAAUACUUGCAGGGUGAUGGGGGAUGUCGGACCCGCAGCAGAUGCAGAUGAGUGCGCCGAGGGUUCGGACGACUGCCACAUCGACGCCCUGUGCCAGAACACGCCCAAGUCCUACAACUGCAUCUGCAAGCCGGGAUACAAAGGAGAUGGCAAGCAGUGCGAGGACAUGGAUGAGUGUGAGAACGACUACAACGGAGGAUGUGUCCAUGAAUGCAUCAACAUACCUGGAAACUACAGGUGCACCUGCUACGAUGGAUUCAUGCUGGCCCACGACGGACACAACUGUCUCGACGUGGACGAGUGUGUGGACAACAAUGGCGGAUGCCAGCAGGUGUGCGUCAACACCAUGGGCAGCUACGAGUGUCAGUGCACGGACGGCUUCUUCCUCAGCGACAACCAGCACACCUGCAUCCACCGCUCUGACGACGGGAUGAACUGCAUGAACAAGGACCACGGCUGUGCCCACAUCUGCAGAGAGGCUCCUGGCAAAGGUGGAGUGUCGUGCGAGUGCCGUCCUGGAUUUGAGCUCAACAAGAACCAGAAAGACUGUACAUUGACAUGUAACUAUGGAAACGGCGGUUGCCAGCACACGUGUGAUGACACAGACACAGGGCCGGUGUGUGGCUGCCACCAGAAGUACGCCCUGCACUCAGACAGCAAGACCUGCAUCGAGAAAGAUGAGGCUGCAAUUGAGAGCUCUGAGUUCAAUGCCACGUCAGUAGCUGAUGUGGACAAGCGGGUGAAACGGCGGCUACUUAUGGAGACGUGCGCCGUGAACAACGGUGGCUGCGACAGGACGUGUAAGGACACGGCCACAGGGGUGCGCUGCAGCUGCCCCGUGGGAUUCACCCUGCAGCCCGACGGCAAAACCUGCAAAGACAUCGACGAGUGCCAGGAGAACAACGGAGGCUGCGAUCACUUCUGCAGGAACACCGUGGGCUCCUUCGAGUGCAGCUGUCAGAAAGGACACAAACUGCUCACGGACGAGCGCUCAUGCCAAGACAUCGACGAGUGCUCCUUCGAGAGAACCUGCGAUCACACCUGCAUCAACUACCCCGGCAGCUUCGAGUGUCUCUGCCAGAAGGGCUACAUCCUGUACGGUCUCACUCACUGCGGAGACAUCGACGAGUGUAGCAUCAGUAACGGCAGCUGUGAGUACAGCUGCAUCAACACACAGGGCGGCUACGAGUGUGUGUGUCCGCCCGGACAGAAGCUCCACUGGAACAAGAAGGACUGCAUCGAGGCGGUGAAGUGUCUGCCCAAUGGGAAGCCAGCGCCCCGAGCCCAGCUGACCUGCGCAAAAAGUGGGGGGGCGGAGGUGUGCUCGCUCUCCUGCCCCUCCAACGCCCUCUUCCUCGCAGACUCGGAGAACAGCUACACACUGAGCUGCGGCGUGCCCGUCCAGCCGGGUAAAGCUCCUCAGAAGAGGAACGUCACCGCUGCCUUACCAACCUGUGCAGACACUUUGGCCCCGCCCAUCAAACAGAAGGCAAGGUUUAAGAUCAAAGACGCCAAGUGUCACCUGAGACCCCGAAACAAGGAGAAGCACAGAGACGCAUCCCGACAGAACAUGCAAGGAGGCCAGUUCCCCUGCACCGACGACUGCCAGGUCACGUUUGUCAACCUCAAGUGCGACUCGUCAAAGAAACGCAGACGAGGACGCAAAUCCCCUACCAAAGAAGUUUCCCACAUCACCGCCGAGUUUGAGAUGGAGAUGAAGGAGGAGGAAGCCUCAGACUCGUGCAACGUGGACUGUGUGCGGGAGAGGAUGAAGCAGAAGCUGCAGAGCGCCAUGCGGACGCUCAGGAAGUCCAUUAACAAGCAGCAGUUCUACAUCCAGUUCUCUGGGACCGAGUACGAGGUGGCUCAGAAACCAUCCAGGGUCCCCGAAGGUGCCGAGGCCUGCAGCACGGGACAAGUCCUCCGAGACGGAAAGUGUGUGAGCUGUGGUGUGGGGACGUUCUACAGCGGGGAGCAGGAGCAGUGUGUGCAGUGCCCCCCCGGGACGUACCAGGACACCUCGGGUCAGCUGUCCUGUGAGCCGUGUCCCAGCACUGAAGGACAAGGCAUCGCUGGAGCUAAGAACGUGUCUCAGUGCGGAGGUCAGUGUCCAGCAGGUCAUUACUCCGCUGACGGCUUCCGCCCGUGUCAGACGUGUCCUCUGGGCACGUACCAGCCGGAGCCGGGCCGCGUCCUCUGCUUCCCCUGUGGAGGAGGUCUGAUGACCAAGUAUGAAGGAUCAGUCUCCUUCAGGGACUGUGAGGCCAAAGUGCACUGCGCUCCGGGACAUUACUACAACUCCAGUACCCACCGAUGCAUCCGCUGCCCCGCAGGAACCUACCAGUCUGACUUUGGUCAGAAUUACUGCAUCACCUGCCCGGGGAACACCACCACGGACUUUGAUGGCGCAACCAACGUCUCCCACUGCAAAAACCAGCUGUGUGGAGGUGAGCUGGGUGAGUACACAGGUUACAUAGAGUCUCCCAACUAUCCUGGAGAUUACCCGUCCAACGUGGACUGUGUCUGGACCAUCAACCCGCCACACAAGAGGCGGAUUCUCAUCGUGGUUCCAGAGAUCUUCCUCCCCAUCGAGGAUGAGUGUGGAGACGUGCUGGUCAUGAGGAAGAGUGCUCUUUCCACCUCCAUCACGACCUAUGAGACGUGUCAGACGUACGAGCGGCCCAUCGCCUUCACCUCUCGGUCUCGCAAACUCUGGAUUCAGUUCAAGUCUAACGAGGGCAACAGCGGCAAAGGAUUCCAAGUUCCUUAUGUGACCUACGAUGAGGACUACCAGCAGCUGAUAGAGGACAUAGUGAGAGACGGCAGACUCUACGCCUCAGAGAACCACCAAGAGAUACUGAAGGACAAGAAGCUAAUAAAGGCCCUAUUCGACGUGUUGGCCCAUCCCCAGAACUACUUCAGGUACACGGCACAGGAGUCCAAAGAGAUGUUCCCUCGCUCAUUCAUCAAACUGCUGCGCUCCAAAGUCACCAGGUUCCUACGGCCGUACAAAUAGGAGGCGGGGCCUCUCCAAUCUCCUGUUAAAGGAAUCCCAUCAUCCUGCGUCAUUCCAAAUCCGGCAACCUAAAUGUAACCCCCUCCCCUGCCCCUGCCCCUGCCCCGUGUACUUCCCCUUCUGCCUAGGUCGAUACAUUGACGUUCCUGUUCUGUGACUAAUCAUCUUCUUCUGUCACAUGUUGCCUUUCCCCCAUCUUUAACUUGUAAUACGUCAUUAACCGACAACCCUCCCCCAGUGAGUGCAGAUUUAAGGAUAAGGUUUGACCGAUUAGAGUCUUUGAAAAUUUGUGCUGUGUCACAGACAUCAUCAUUUUUGUGUGUAUAUAUUGCUCCUUUAAAUUUGACCAUUUAAAACCAAAUGUGUACAACAUUCAAGAGUUUUGCCUCAGUACUAAGGAACAUUUAGAAGCCCUGUAGGUCAGCCUGUUUGCUACAUAAGCAAGAGGGCAAUGUCUGGCAAUAUUGGUGAUGCAUAUUGUAUUUUAAUAUACUGAAUACUGUAUGUAAGAACAAUGGUUUUAAUGGGUUUGUGGUUGCCGUCGUAACUUUAAGCCACACGGGAGCCACAUAUUUAGUCCUCACAACGUGGAAUCUAAAGAGUUUUUAAAGUCUAUUAUUGGGCGUCCAAGAGUUGUUUAAGAUUUCCAAAAGUGCAUUUAUUAGCUCUCAUGCCAAGAAGGAGAAUUGAGCACGCUCAUGUUAAAGGUUGCCCAUACUGAUGCUUUUCUAUGCCACUGGUUUCUAUCUCUGUUAUUUCAAUGAUCAAAAUAAUCUCCAUGUAUAUUUUAUAACCAAAAGCUGUGGCAAGAAAGAGAGAGAGCAUUGAGUGUAAAUUGGACAAAAACAUUGGCAACAUUGCUGUUACAUCAUGUUUUUAAUAUGUUUGUGCAAUUUAGACAGUGUGCAGGAGUUUGCCUGCAACUUUUGGUCAUGAAAACCAAGAAAUGAACCCAAUAUUUGAUGUCUAGAACUUCUAUUUUUGUUCCAGUGGUAUAGCAACAGGUAUCGAUAUUGUUUGAUUUACUAGUAAAUAUUUGGACAAACUUAGGCAAACUCUUGUACCAUCGGCCGGAGCGAGGCUAACUGUUCCCCCCUUGUUAUGUAGAGUUAAGCUCGCUGUCUGAAGCUACAAAUUGAUCUGAGUAUAAGAGUGGAAUUCAUGUUCUCGUCUAUGUACUUCAUACAGGACAGGAGCCCCUCUAUGUUCUCCCCGUGCAUGCGUGGGUUCUCUCCGGGUACUCCGGCUUCCUUCCACAGUCCAAAGACAUGCUCGU